AUGUUCUGGCAUGUACUCGGUGACGGUGUGAGUAGACGGUGUGUAACGGCCGCCGUGUCGCAGCUGGUGCUGGUGGUGGUGCUGCCCACGGUGUCGUUCGUGGUGGCGGCGGCGCUGGCGGCGGCCAUGAUGUACCAGCGCUGCGGCUGCGCGGGCUGGCUGCGCCGCAAGCUGGGCGAGGGCCGGCUGCGGCCCGUCUACAGCUGCCGCGGCGUCUACAAGGCCGUCAGCAUCGACAGUAGCAGCAGCCGCAUCACUCGGGUGUCCUUCCCGGCCUUACAGGAGCGCAGCAUACUCUACGUAGAGAAGGAGAUAGAGGAGGCGAAAGCUCGCGGCGAGGUGGACACGUUCGAGGUGAGCUACGAGCGACUGCAGCUGGGCCGGCAGAUCGGCAAGGGAGACUUCGGGCGAGUCUUCCUGGCGCGCGCUGAAGCCGUGGGCGGCGUGCCCGGCUGGCGCACCGUCGCUGUCAAGAAACUCAAGCUGCGCGCGACGGCGGAGGAGGUGGAGGAGUUCCAGGCGGAGAUCGCGAUGCUGAAGCACGCGGGCCGGCACCCCAACGUGGUGGAGAUGGUGGGCUGCUGCACGCUGCGGCCGCCGCUCUGCAUCCUGAUGGAGUUCGUGCCGUGCGGCGACCUGCUGCACUACCUGCGCCGCCUGCGCGUCGAGUACGAGCGCCGCACGGGCGCGCCGCUGCCCUUCUCCAGCACCCGCGCCAGGGACUCGGAGAGCUCCUACGUGCAGCCCGACCCGCGGCUCAGCUUCUCGUCGAGCGGGCGGCCGUCCAUCGCAGAGACCGAGUGGAGCCUGGUGAGCAGCGAGGGCGGCGCGCCGUCCACCCCCACGGAGCGGAGUCCCUGUCCGGGGCGCCUGGGCCACGGGCUCGACUACGUGCUGGACCCGGCGGAGCUGCAGAGCUUCGCCGUGCAGAUCGCGCGCGGCAUGGCCCACCUCGAGCAGCGGCACAUCACGCACAGGGACCUGGCGGCGCGCAACAUCCUCAUCGACGAGCACAAGACGCUCAAGAUCUCCGACUUCGGGCUGUCGCGGUCGGGCAUCUACGUGAACACGCGCGGCAAGAAGGUGCCGCUGCGCUGGCUCAGCGUCGAGGCCAUCCGCGACAACCUCUACUCCAGCAAGAGCGACGUGUGGGCCUACGCCAUCGUCCUCUGGGAGAUCGGCACUCUCGGAGGCUUCCCGUACCCGACGGUGAGCGACCACGACCUGCUCAGGUUCCUGCUGGAAGGUCGCAGGCUGGAGAAGCCGGACAACUGCACCGAUGAACUGUACUCGCUGAUGAUGAUGUGCUGGUCGCACAACGCGGACGACCGGCCGUCGUUUGCGACCAUCUCGAAGCACCUGGAGGGCGCCCUGGGCCGCAGACCUGUCUACGUCGACUUCUCCAACCUGAGCCCAGACUACACGUUCCCUCCCACCGAACAGCAGCAGCAACAGCACCAGCAGCAGCAGCAGCAGCAGCGGCCGUCUUUCAGGAUGUACUCGCUGAUGAUGAUGUGCUGGUCGCACAACGCGGACGACCGGCCGUCGUUCGCGACCAUCUCGAAGCACCUGGAGGGCGCCCUGGGCCGCAGACCUGUCUACGUCGACUUCUCCAACCUGAGCCCAGACUACACGUUCCCUCCCACCGAACAGCAGCAGCAACAGCACCAGCAGCAGCAGCGGCGGCCGUCUUUCAGGAUGUGA